AUGGUUUUAACACAUUCAUCUGUUUCCAACGAGUUGUUAUGUAUUUUAAAACCGAAGAGGAACUUAAAUUUACUGUGUUAAACAUAUACUUAUAUUUUUGUCAAUUUAUCUGUAGUUGGGCAGGCUCGAAUUUCAUGCAUUCUUGAUACAAUAACAAACACUUGAACUGCAAACGAUGGAUACGAUAAAAUGUAUUUUAUUCUUCAUGUGCGUGCUACCUCAAGUAGCUUCAGCGAAUCCUGGCAGCAAGUGUGUUGAUAAAGAGAUUCUCUGUGAGUUUCUAGCCAGCUCCAUCCCAGCGUUCUGUACCCAGAAAAUUCACGAUGCCUACGUCAUGGAGAACUGCCAGAAGAGCUGCGGACUGUGUCCGUCAACAUCCGUUCUAAUUAACCAUGACACCAAUUUAAUAUGGGCCCAGAGCCCCUCAGGCAAGACCUACGCGGUAGCAAGGCUGGUAGCCAUACAAGGUAACCCUAGGAACUGGACCACAAGCAGACGACCACAGGUCACGUAUAUUGGCGCCCCCCAUUUCACCUGGGAGUUCAAGUCACUGGGGUUUCACUGGGAGGACCAAACUCUCUUCUGGAGCGAGGGGGUCAACAAGAAGAUACAGUGUCUAGUACUGAAUGGAUCUGUAGACACAUUGACCCUGUACACGGGAACUUCCUCUGAAGUGUACGGUAUCGCCGUCGACUGGCUCUCCAGGAAUCUCUACUUCACGGACGCCCUGUACAACUGGAUCAUGAUGAUAUCCACCGACCCCAACAGGACUGGAUACAAGAUCAUCAUCCAGGACUGGCUGGAUUCGCCACACGGACUAGCGGUGUAUCCACAAAAAGGAUAUCUCUUCUGGUCCGAUUGGGGAGCUCGCCCAAAAAUUGAAGUCUCGUCACUUCUCGGCGAGUCUCGGACAAUAUUGGUCGAGAAGAACAUCGUGCGACCCCGCGGUCUGGCGAUCGACUACAGCUCAGACACACUGUACUGGGUGGACAUGUUCAAGUACACGCUCGAGUCGGUGCGGUUUGACGGCAGCCUGAGGAAGGUGAUCCACAGGGAGGAGGGGACGUCGUUCUAUGGUGUGGCUCUUUAUGAGAACUUUCUUUUUCUGACGGAGCGGUCGAAAGGGAUGCUGAAGAUUUUCGACAACGAGCAGCGAUUGGUCAGUUUCACCCUCGGCAACACGCCAUACGACAUCAUCAUGUAUGACGAGUCUCAGCAACCCGGAAACUCUAGUGACUGUGAAAACCUCGGAUGUGAGCAAAUGUGCGUCCUUGACCCGAAGAAAGGCGCUGCUUGUAUCUGCGGGGAAGGGUUUACCUUGGAAGAAGGUUCCACAACAAAAUGCAAAGUCUCCCAACAGUUUGUCCAUCCGUCACACAUCUAUGCCAUCAGAGACUCCAUCUGUCACUACCCGGCGAACCUGGCUGACAUGUCACUUGCUAACAUUACGCUCGACUCGCAGUGUUUCCUGGAAGAUAGGCAGGGCUACACGACCUUGACCUUCGACGCGAGGGAGAACACUCUGUACUACUUCGGGAACAACUCGAAGACCAUCAGCCGCAUCCCGCUGGAGGUGGGCGGCAAGGGCAAGCUGGUGACCGGGGGCUCAGGGGAGGUCAAAGGCAUGGCCCUCGACUGGGUGGCCGGCAACCUCUACUGGACAGACAGCACCAACAGGGUGAUUAAAGUGGCCAAGAAAAACGGAUCAUUCCAGAGGAUUCUACUCGACAACCUGACCAACCCGAUGGCCAUAGCAGUCCACCCAGGACUGGGAGAAAUUUACUGGACUGACCACGGUCGUCUGCCGGACGUAGCGGCGACUGUGGAAAAGGCGAACAUGGACGGCACGGAUAGGACUGUGAUCGUGAGGGUAGAGACCGGUCAGCCGAAUCAUCUUUACGUCGACUAUGAAAAAAAUUGUGUGUACUGGGCUGACUCAAUACUUUUCCACGUGACUAAGUACAAUCUAACGAAUGGUAAAGUUUCUGUCGUAUACGAACAAACGAAUGUCAAAUUUUACGGAUUAUCAAUGUUUAAGGACUACAUCCUCUGGACUGACACAGACGACCUGAACGGGAUCCACGUGGCCCGCCUGGACAAGCAGGAGAAGGUGCGGGGUAUCAUCCACCCCAAGAACGGCGUGGCCGCGGACCUCAUCACGUUCGACAUCAAAGCCCAGCCCGACAUCAAAAAUUUGUGUAAUGAGGCCGAGUAUAAGUGCUCACACUUGUGUCUUCUAACACGAAAUAAACAAGCCAGGUGUCUCUGUGGCAACGGUUAUGUUCUCUCUAGUGACGGAUUCACGUGCAACACGGACCCCUAUCUGGACCACUUCCUGUUGGUCAACGAUGCCUUCCAGAGGCAAAUCUUCCAGGUCAGCCUGGUGAAUGGGGUGGAGACUACGAUCAAUCUAAUGCUGACCCAUGAACCCGUGGCCGUGUCCUUUGACCCUUUCGAUUUGAAGGUGUUCUGGUCCGAUAACAAAGCGAACGUCAUCAAAGAGGCAACACUUGAUGGUCAGUUUGAAAAGGAAGUCACUUUGCUAAAUAACAUGUCCAUGUGCGACGGGCUGGCGAUUGACUACCUGAACAGACUCAUCUUCUACACCGACACCGGAAAUGACGUCAUCGGGGUCAUCAGCCAGAACAACUACGACAUGCAGGCGUACAUCGUCACAUCCGGUUUGGAUGAGCCAAGGGACAUUGUGGUGUCGCCCAACCAAGGGGUGAUCUUCUGGUCAGACUGGGGCGCCAGGGCCAACAUAUGCCGGUCUAACAUGGACGGCAGCAACGUCGAGGUGAUCGUCAAGUUCAACAGCACCGCCUGGCCUAACGGCCUAGCCCUUGACCUAGCCGAGAACAACCUGUACUGGGUGGACGCCCAUGGGGACACGGUCAAUGUCAUUGAUCUGGCCACCCGAGUCAUCACCGUCUUGAUGGAGGAGCCGGGCGCCCACUACUUCUCCGUAGAGGUUUCAGGGGAGUUCCUGUACGUCGGCGAUUGGAAGAAAAACUAUUUGAGGCGUAUGAAAAAGAAAGGGGGAACAUUGGAACAGUUCGGUCCGUCAACGUUUACCCGUCUUUAUGGCAUAAAGGGCUACAACUCGUCAGAAAGAUUUAGAGGUAUCAGCGUGUGUGCUCACAGUGCCUGCGACCAUCUCUGCCUGCCGCAGGUCAACAACCUGUACACGUGCGUGUGUACAACAGGAUACGUCCUGGUUGGUCAGUUCUGUAAACCAAUCAUAAUAAACCUGCCAACAACGCCUACCACCACGGAGUCAUCCACCACUUCACCGACCACUUCCUCCACAACAUCGCCGACAGCAACAACCGUCCAGUCGACCUCGACCUUGACCUCCACCAUCACGGGCCUGCCCACCACCAUGUACACGGACUGCGAGGACACGACCUUCGAGAUAGACACCAUCAUAACAACAUCAGCAAUAGACCACAACAUUACAGAUUCAAACGCAACAUUCGGCAGUUCUACAGUAGAAAAGUCCACGGGUUUAUCAAGUUCUGUCAUCACGGCGAUUGUGUGUUCUGUGUUUCUAGCCGUGGCUGCCAUAGCCUUGUCGGCAGCCUUUGUUAAAAGACACUACAGGUACAAAAUUCAGCACCAGAAGCUAAUCGAGGACCAACACCCCACCGACUUCUACAAAAUUGCCUUCAACUCCCCGGGGGACGAGACUGUGACCUUUGACACGGGGAUUGAGAACCCCGUCUACGACUGCCUGAACAACCCCAGCCACACAAUUCCAGAUUCUCACAACAGCAGCGCGUAAUUUGUUUUCUAGCGCCUGAACGGUGUUAGCAUAUGUGACGUUUUUAUUUCUGUAACAGCUUGGAUAGGAUCUCACAGAUAUGCGGUCUAAAGAUGUACAUUUCGGUGUUUGGCUCCUCAGUACUAGGUGCUUCUAACUUUGACUCAAAUUAAAUUCGAGUCAUGUAUACGAGUGGCAAAGGCAGGAAUUUGUAUUGGGAUUAGCUUCUAAGAGAAUGUUUCUCCUUGCGCCCAUCUGGCUACACCUCUG